UCUGCAAGAUAAAGCUGGAAGCAGCGUGGUUUGCUGCUCAAGGGCACCCGGACCGGCAAGAGAGAGAAUCUGACCGUAAAACCUUCCUCGUGUCUGGGGCUGUCAUUAAGAUUCCUGAGAAGCAGCGAUGGAACAAGCAAGGUCGACAAUAUCCAAAAUUUUUAAUGGUGAGCCACACACCUACACGCGAUUCAGCCUGACCCAAAACAUGGAAGGUGACAACAGCAAUGUGGAGAUGAAGCUGUCGUCUGACAUGGAUGAGGAGGUCGGGGAAAACGGCGUGGGAGAACAUCAUCAUCACAACUCCAACGGCAAACCCUACGUGGUUCAAAAGCUUGGCCACACACCCAAGAACCUGUGCUACUUUGCUUCUGGUACCCUCCUCAUCUUCAUCAUUGGAAUCUUAAUUGGCUACAUGUCACAUGGGGAGAAGAACGUGGCUCCCGUCUGUGCGUCCUCCAUCAGCCUCAAUGAAAACGAUGUUCCCCAUGAGACCGGCGCCGCCCCCCUGAUGGACUGGGAUGAUGUCAAAAGCCUCCUCGCUCAAAAAUUCACCGCAGCCAAAAUAGAACAAGCCUUCAGUGAUUUUUCUCAAGCCAGCCACCGGGCUGGUUCUCCUGAAGAUGAGAAACUGGGUAACAAAGUGCUGCAGAGGUUUAAGGAGUACGGUAUGAACACCUGGACGGAUGAGCACUUCAUCAAGGUUCAGGAUCCCCCAACGUCUGGCUAUAACAAAAUCGUUUUCAGGAACAUGUCAGAAGAGCGUCCAAAGGGAUUCCUGUCCUACAGCGGCAAUGGAUCAGUAACGGGUGCAGUGCUGUAUGCUCAUUACGGCCAGGAGGUUGACUUCAGGGUGCUGCGGGACAAGAACAUCGACAUGAACGGCAGAGUCAUGCUGGUCAGAGCUGGAAAGAUCAGCUUUGCAGAGAAGGUGGCCAACGCUGCCAAAAUGAACGCCUCUGCUGUUUUGAUCUACCCAGACAAAAAUGAUUACGAGAUCAGCGAGAACACUGAACUUUAUGGACAUGUCCACAUGGGCUCAGGGGAUCCUUAUACCCCAGGCUUUCCCUCCUUCAACCACACUCAGUUUCCUCCUGUGGUGUCUUCAGGCCUGCCCAGAAUCCUGGCGCAGACCAUCACAAUGGGCACUGGAACCAGAAUCCUUAAACAACUCAGGGGGCAGAAUAAGCCAGAAAACUGGGAAGGUUACAACAGAUUAGGAGAUGAGAGCGACACCAUCACUGUGGAGGUUAACAACGUUCUUGCUGAGAAGAAGAUCCAUAAUGUGUUCGGGGUCAUCAAAGGCUUUGUCGAUUCAGACCGAUAUGUGGUUAUCGGGGCCCAGAGGGACGCAUGGGGUCCAGGCUUCGCCUCUUCAACUGUUGGCACCAGCGUCCUCGUGGAGCUGGCACGAUCCAUCUCAGAUAUGGUGAAGAAUGAUGGUUUUAAGCCAAGGAGGAGCAUCGUGUUUGCUAGCUGGAGUGCUGGAGAAUACGGAAGUGUUGGUGCCACUGAGUGGUUAGAGGGAUAUUUGUCUUCUCUGCACAUGAAAGCCUUCUCUUACAUCAACCUGGAUGGCAUCGUAACAGGUCGGAAUGGAUUUAAAGUAGCUGGUAGUCCCUUAAUGCACUCCCUGAUUGAAAACACACUAAAAGAGGUAAAAAACAAAGAGAUGCUUCUUUUUAAUCAAUUUGCAAAGAGCAACUGGGAGUCAAAUAUCCUGGAGCCAAUGCAGUUGGAUAGCGCCGCAUAUCCUUUCCUUGCCUUCUCUGGAAUUCCCUCAAUAUCAUUUAGAUUCACUACAGACAAUUCAGACUACAAGUACUUUGGCACCCUGGAGGACACUUUGGAGAACCUAAACACGGCCACAUCCAGCCAGGUUCCUCAGCUGGCUGAGACUGCAGGCAGGUUUGCUGGCCAUAUAGUUCUGAGGCUUGUCCAUGACCAUCUGCUGCAGAUGGAUGUGAUGAAGUACUACAAGAUCAUACGUUCCGAUGUGUUCAAGAUCAAUGGAAAGGUCAAGGAGGUUCUGCAGAUGCAACCCCAGCUGUUGCCCAAAGACCUGACGGUGCAGUGGCUGAUCUCCGCCUCGGGCUCGUACAGCCGUGCCGCUCGCAGCCUGCAAGUCGACAUCCAGAACAGUGACCUGGAGGACAUCGAAAUGUGUCGCCUUAUCAACGACCGCAUCAUGGCGGUGGAAAAGAACUUCCUGUCCCCCUACGUUUCCCCCAGAGAGAGCCCUUUCCGCCACAUCCUGGUCGGCUCGGGCCCACACACUCUCAAAGCUCUCAUCAAACACCUCGACGCUCUGAAGAUCGACAACCCCGAAGCAGACGCUGAGCUGUUCCACAACCAGUUUGCCCUGGCUACUUGGACCGUCCAGGGCUGCGCCAACUCCUUAGCAGGGGACAUCUGGUCUCUGGAUAAUAAUAUCUAAAUCCCCACUUUGACUCCUGCCGCCUCCCUUGUUCACAAUGCGGCCCUCCCAGCGCAAACAGGAAGUGUGACCAACCAACAGUUGCACAACCUGUAUAAUCAGAAGUUUUAACAAGUGGAGCAUAUAUCAUAACCCGCCCCGCUUAUUAUUUUCAGUCCAGUUUUACUUUUUAAUAAUUACACGAGACUUGAAAACCCCAAUCUUGAAUACUUUGGUGCUAUUAAUGACUACAAGAACAUGCCCAUCUUAUGUGUCAGUACCAGUUAAUAGUGUUACCCCAUAAAUGAGCUGAACGUAUAGCAGGAUUUCCAUUUGUUUUAUCAUCCUAAUGGGUCGUAAUAACACUUAAACUCAGAGAAAUACAUCACCAAAGGGCAGUAUCACAAACUAAUGACUUUCUAUCCGUUUACUGAGAUGAUGACAAUGCCUGCUGUUUGCUGCUGAAGCCAAAUGUUCAUACCUGAGCUGGUUUGUGUUGGCAGCUAUAAGUUUAUAAAACACAGCUCAUCAGUUUCAGAAGGUGCUGAAAUUGGCCGAUUAUUUUAUUUUAAUUUAACAAUGAUGCUGCUCCUGCGGUGCACCGAGCGCAGCUGUAGGUUUAGGAAAAUCUGCCUCGCAGCUCGAGACAUGCACCGCAGCAGCCGUACAACUAACAAGUCCUGACCCAAUCAGAGUCGCAGACCUCACGGCUGUAGAGCUACUAUGUGUCAACCUUCCCAAAAAGCAAAAGGGGGAAGGUCUCAAACGCAUGGCACUGAAUCAGAACCCUUAUGUUUAUUUAUUGUUAUUUAUUUAUCAGUGGCAGGGUUCACUAUAAAUAGCUUUUUAUUGCCUUUUUUUAAUCUAUAUAAUUAUCGGGAGCAGUGUCUUCCAUAAUUAUGACAGUUAUACUGUCGAAAUGACAAAAGCAGCAUCUGCUAAAAGAAGUGUACAUGUCGACCGACGGCCUGGUCCGAACUCUCAGAGCAGUCGGUUUUCCCUUUGGUGCCGAACUGACACCGGGCUGCUGUUCCAGCAUGCCUGCUGGUCCCUUGGUCCAUGUGCACUUCUCAUCCUGAAAGCAUUAUCGGAAGCAGUGUUUUCCAUAAUGCGGAACGAAAGAAGGUAGUUUUUGUCUACCAGUAUGUGUCCGUAUCGGAGGCAGUGCCCUCCAUAUUUCACUGUAGGAGUGGAUGUUUUUUUUUUAAUUAUCGGGAGCAGUGUUUCCCAUAAUGUGUAAAUACAGUUGAAAGCGAUGCAUAUAUGUGGCUCAGACCCCUGCAUCCUCUGUGUGUUGUGUUAAUCUAGCGCUUGUCUGAUUGGUGGUGUGUUUUUGUUGCAAUUGGAACGGAUACAGGAGGUAUUCUGCUUUAUAAAGAAGCAUGUCGCCAACACUUUGGAUCGCCCUGGUUACAUCAUUGGUCCAGGAUUUCCAUAACAUUAUCUCUCUGAUCUGUUAUGCUUUUUGUUAUUACUGAUUAAUGCAAUGGAAAAUGUGUUGCUGAUUUAUUUGUGCCUUUUAAGUUUCGUGAAUUCACUAUAAAGAUUGAAUGUACAACACUUUUAGUUGGUAAAAAUUGCCUUUCUUGUUUGGGUUUCCUGUUGGUUUUUUUUCAUUCUUGCUAGAAUCUGAAUUUACUGCUGUAAAAUGCUGUUCCAACACUUGCAGACUUCAAUAUCUAUAAUAUAUAUGAUUUGAAAACCAAAUAUGGGUCUUUGUAAUCAGAAAACGAAGAUGCAGCACCACCAAAAUUGAGUUUUAAAAGGACUCUGCUGCAAUCGAUUAUGGACGUGCUAGAGGCUGCACAUCUGAGCCUGUAACAAAAAAAGCAACAUUCAGGAACUAGUCUAGAAAAUUCCUUUGGAUCAAUGAAUUUGUCAGAAAAUUGUUGAAUCUUGUUUCUCUCCCUGUCACUGUGUGUAAGCAGGCUUUGCUGGGAAAUUUUAUUGCAAUAAAAGUCACUUUGCAUCUUA